CUGCGUGUUGGAAAGCAAGUGAAGUCUUUCUACAGUCGUGAAGCAGAGGGAAGGACACGUAUAGCGUGUCGCAGCUGAUAUUCUGCAAUCAUGGUAAUAUUUUCAUAUUUUUGCACGACAUUUGGAUGUUUAACCAUUUAAACACCAACAAAUAACUACUAUUCGUGUUUAAACAUGCUUAGGAAAAUAAGAUUUUCGUGGCAAAACUGACGACAUUUUCAACGCAGAACUAGCUAAGCUAACGUUAACUAGUUAACGUAUUCAAUUUCAGUGUGGGAAGUUGAUGAGCUAGUAAAUUAAGUGAUUGCAUAAUGUGUCGUAGUAAAAAAUUCAACAAUUGCAUGCAAUUGGCAUUUAUGUGAAAUCGCGACCGUAAUUACUAGCUAACUACAGUAGGUAGGUAGCGCUCCCAGCAGAGAGACGGCAGCCUCGAUGGUAGGCCUCUGUCUCGGUGAAAAUUCUGAUUUUGCGAAAGAACUCACGAAUCUCACUUAAUGAACAUAUUAAGCAUAUAGAUAACAUCAAACAAAGGUUUAUACGCCUUUGUAAUACCCGUUAACCGUCUAAUUUAGUUCACUUUACAAGGUGCGUACGUUACUGCGUGUUGGUCCCACACAACACGUGGUCUGGCGCUCGUCUUGGUAAAGAAUUUGGCACGUAAGUUCAACUAGGCUCACGUUAGUUUUUUGGAAAUACUAUAUUACCUGUAUCAUAUCACAUGUCGCAUACGGGUGUUGUCCACUUGUGAAAUUUGACUUUAUUCUUGCCAAACAUUUUUUUUUAUUUGACCACUUGGCGUAAUUUACGCACCACGUGGAUAUUUCGAUCAUGGCGGUAUACACGCGCGCAGCAGUGCUUUAUCAUUUUUUACAUUUUUAGUCAUUUAUCCAGAGCGACUUACAGGAGCAAUUAGGGUUAAGUGCCUUGCUCAAGGGCACAUCGACAGAUUUUUCACCUAGUCGGCUCUGGGAUUAGAACCAGCGACCUUUCGGUUACUGGCACAACGCCAGUAACCGAAGGGUCGCUGGCGUUUCGCUACCUACAUUGUGAUUUAGUUUCAGCCACGUUAUAUUUUUCACAGUAUUUAAUAUGUAGCUAGCUAUAUAACAUUAUCUAUUUUAUAACCUAAUGCGUAUCUCUUCCACAGGUGCUGUUGCAUGUGUUGUUCGAACAUGCAGCAGGGUAUGCGCUCUUUGUCGUCAAGGAGGUGGAAGAGAUUGGCAUGCUUUUGCCCCAGGUACGAAAACAAUUCAUCCACAAAUAACAUUUGACGCAGAUUUACCCAUAUUCGAUGACUGAGGAGUUAAUCAUUACCCCCACUCUCCAGGUUGAAGACUGCGUUCUAAACAUUGGGAAAUUCAAUGGCAUGGUGAGCCUAGCUGCUUUCUUCCCAUUCAAGUCGGCCCAGGCAGCUCUAGAUAAUAUUAACGCCAUAUCAGAAGGUGAGUUGGUUGCUUUAUUUCAUUUACUCAAUUGUAGUCCAAGCUCAGAUGUAAUGAUGUUUUUUUUAAAAAAUCUGUCAAUCCACUGACUGACUGUGCUGACACCAAUCAUCAAACCUGAACUUAUGUGCCUUGCUAGAUUAAUUAUACCAGAUGGCAUUAGCUAAUAUGUAUGUUAACACACCCCCAACUAAUCUUGUUUGUAGUAUAAAUAAACAUUUCCCAAUUGUUUCAGGUGUGCUCCAUGCUGACCUGAAGCUGUUCCUGGAGACUAACUUGCCCGUAGGGGGUAAGAAGAAGGCAAUGCUGGGGGUGGGCGAUGCCAAGAUAGGAGGAGCUUUGCAAGAGGAGCUUGGCUUGUCCAUCCAGACGGGAGGAGUGGUGGCAGAGAUAUUGAGAGGUGAGGACUCACCUAGGCUACAGUACAAGUCAUUGUGUGGGGGGGGAAGUCUCCUUUUAUGUUGUGACUAGUAGACAGUGUGCAGCUGGAGAUGCCUGGCCUGUGGUGAUGUCAAGAUAAUCAAUCCCUGACCCUCGUGAUGGUUUAUACUGAAAAUCUGAAUGGCUGCCAGGGCCUAUGACCCAGGUUGUGAAAAUACUGCCACUGUGCAUACUCACUGUCACUUCCUGUUCUCCCCUGAAGGUGUGCGUCUCCACUUCCACUCCCUGGUGAAGGGGCUGACUGCCCAGGCUGCCUCCAAGGCCCAGCUGGGUCUGGGCCACAGCUACUCCAGGGCCAAGGUCAAGUUCAACGUCAACAGGUCUGACAACAUGAUCAUCCAGUCCAUUGCCCUUCUGGACCAGCUGGACAAGGACAUCAACACCUUCUCCAUGCGUGUGCGGUACGUACAGCUGCUUUUAGUACCAAGUCUCCCUCAAAGGAGAUGUGGUAGUAGACCCAACAACCAUCCACUCGACACUCUUGCUAAUGGGACCAAAUGAUGUUCAUACCAAAUCUGUCAAUCCCCUGAACUCUUUGUGUUGAGUCUUCCAUCGGUGCUGACGGUCCCUCAGUCUAAAUGUCAAUUAUGUCCUCAACCUGGUGGUUUUGAGUUUCUAAACAUUUCAAACUUCUGCUCCCUCAUUCCCCCUCUGGUUUAUAGUGAGUGGUAUGGCUACCAUUUCCCAGAGCUGAUCAAGAUAGUGACUGACAACUCUACAUACUGCAAGAUGGCCCAGCUGAUCGGCAACCGAAAGGAGCUGAGCGAGGAGAGUCUAGAGAGCAUGGAAGGAGGUGGUGAUGGACAGUGCCAAGGCCCAGUCCAUCCUGGAGGCCUCCCGCAGCUCCAUGGGUCAGUAGCCAUGUCACACACCGUAUAUUAUACGUAUUUAUAAAACAGCCCCUUUUUUGCCCAUCUAGGACUUUUGACGUGUCCUAUAUGACCAACACAGAGGGGUAGAGUAUUUAUAGUUCUCUCAUAAACCUGUAGUGAAGGCUCAAAUCCUUACUGCGGAUCCUGUCGGGAGAUACAAAAUUUAUAUUUCAGUCAUCUUCCCUUAUCUGUGGAGGUGUUUGUACGAUGAAGGCCCAUGUUCCUUGUAUCAACAUUGCCACUCAACCUUUUCCCAUGGCUUUCUGUAGGUAUGGACAUUUCUCCCAUUGACCUGAUCAACAUUGAGAGGUUCUCCAACCGCGUGGUCUCACUGGCCGCCUACAGGCUGGAGCUCCAGGAGUACCUCCACUCCAAGAUGGGCCAGGUGGCCCCCAACUUGGCCGCACUCAUAGGAGAUGUGGUACGUAGUGACUAUAACCAUCACCUUGACACUCUUGCUAACGGGACCAAAUGAUGUUUCUACCAAAUCUGUCAAUCCCCUGAACUGAUAAUGUUGAGUCUUCCAUCGGUGCUGACGGUCCAUGACACCUCUGCUGUCAGUGACAUGUUCACAGGCCAAACUCUGACAUGUUUUUUUUUUUUCUCUCUCUAGGUGGGCGCACGCCUGAUCUCCCACGCCGGCAGCCUGACCAACCUGGCCAAGUACCCAGCCUCAACCGUGCAGAUCCUGGGCGCUGAGAAGGCCCUGUUCAGGUACUGGGGCACCCCCUCCCUGCUGGGGAAACUGGCAGCCGCUGUGAUGGCAGGGCUGGGGCGGAGCAGAGAAGGGUGACUGGGGGUGACCCCCCUCAGAGUGAUCCCUCUCUCCGUUACGCACCCCCACAGUCUGAGCAGCUGCCCAGGGCACUAAGAGGUAGAUAACUUGGACAUGCCAUACUUGGCAGUUUGUUCUAGUCUUGGGCCAUAAUAAAUUCUGCAAUGGCAACUAAUAAAAAUGAGUAGGGUAGAAGAAUCAACACUUACCUGUUGGGGAAACAUUUGUUACCAUAGCAAAGUUCACUUCAACUGGUAACCCAUCAGCCAUUCCCCGCACACAGGGCUCUGAAGACUCGUGGCAACACCCCCAAGUAUGGCCUCAUCUUCCACUCAACCUUCAUUGGUCGUGCUGCCGCCAAGAACAAAGGGCGUAUUUCCCGUUACCUGGCCAACAAGUGCACAAUCGCCUCACGAAUCGAUGCCUUCUCUGGUGAGUGAUGGAUGGGGGUUAACCCAUGGGAGAGCAGAGGACAAAUCUUUCUCAUGGCCUAGUAAAAAAGGUUGUUUCAGGGCCUUUUUGGUAUGACACUUCUGGCAUUAUUUGCAAUGAUGUUCUUAUUUUUCGUCAACAGUAAUCCACCUCCGGGUGUAUGAUGGUGAUGAGUUAAAUACUGAGCAAAGCCUUGGUCAUGAGUAUUUUUGCUGGUGCCCCCUGCUGGCAAACAGUGUUAUUGAUGUUUCCUUUUCCAUCUGACAGAUGUGCCUACCUGUGUGUUUGGUGACAAGUUGCGUGACCAGGUGGAGGAGCGCCUUUCGUUCUACGAGACUGGAGAGGCGCCUCGCAAGAACCUGGACGUCAUGAAAGAGGCUGUGAUACAGGUGAGUUGACAAUGACGUGGGAUGCAUUUUCUUGUUUUGUGAGCAUGCUUUUAGUACUCUUUCCUCAUAGAUGUUUAGCUUACUUGCUGUGAGUGAUGACAACACUUUCCCUGACUCAAAUGUGGGGGUUUACUGAUUUAAUGAGCCUGACACAGCACUAAAACACAUCUCCACUGCUUCUAGCAGCCCUAACUGGCUAGUCUCCUAGAAGUAUAACCAUGCAGUUUGGCUUACCCCUCAUAGGCAGGAGAGGUGGCAGCUGAGAUGAAGAUCAAAUUGGAGAAAAAGGAGAAGAAACGCCGGAAGCGGGAGAAGAAGCUGGCAGCCCUCUCCACUGGUGAUGGCGAAGAGGGUGACUCGAAGGUCGACAGCGAGACAGAGGUAUUUAUUGCUUCAGCUGUCCGGUCCGUGUAACUGAAGGCAUGUUUUGAUUUGGGAUUUGACCCUUCCACAUGGUUCUGUCUCAGUGUACGACAUGCUAAACUAACUUGACUCCGAACCAUUGGCUGGUCCCCUACAGUGGACCAAAUCACUGAAGUGAGUCGGACAUUACAACUCUUGCCAUACGGAAAUGAACGUAGGCCAUGGAGUAAUUCUGAAACAUCCUAAUGUAAUGAUCUGUCUUUAGGCGACUGGUGAGAACGGAGAGGUAAAGAAGAAGAAGAAGAAGCGGGCAGCUGAGGCCGUUCAAAUGGAGGAAGAGGCUCCAGCAGCAGAGAACGGAGACACCCCAGCCAAGAAGAAAAAGAAACGAAAGAGUGAGGCAAUGGAGGUGGAGCCAGUGGUGGCUGAAGAGGCUCCAGAAACCCCCCAGACUGAGAAGAAAAAGAAAAGAAAGAAAAAAGACACUGAAUAGCAGAUUUGGCAAAGACUGACUUUUUUUUUUUAACGUUCUGUACAGUUUCGUUGCAAUCUUAUUUUUAGCUUUGGACUUAAGAGGUUGUAAGCCAACUGACUUGUGUAAUCAGUUUGUCUCAAUUUGAUUCUUCCCCUCCCUAGCCUCAACGUACUACACUGAGUGAAUAUUCAGCUCAGUCCUUUGACGUUAAUGUAAUAAUCCAUCACACUUGUAUGUAAAUACUUUCAUGGCCAUUUCCUAUCAAAUCUGUUCUGUAUAAACUUGCUUUCAACCAUUUUUCAAAUAAAGAUUAUAAAUUACCCG